UUCGGGUCUUCACUCUUCACCCCUUUGCCUCCUCGUCCUAUUUAUCCUCGCCCACCCCUUGGGCAUUUCCUUCCUCUCUUCGUCAAACCAACACAACCACAGCGCAAAACCACAAACACGCCCACCCGAGGAACAAUCCGGAGUCCAGUCCAGUCCAUGGGAACAGGAAAGGGCGGCGAGGAGGAUGCCGCGCAGCCCGUCGUGCUGAAGAUGGAGCUGCAUUGCGCAGGCUGCGCGCAGAAGGUCAAGAAGGCCAUCAAGCACUUCCCCGGUGUGGAGUCAGUCGUGGCGGACGCGGCAGCGAAUAGGGUCGUCGUGGCGGGGACGGCCGACGCGGCCGCGCUCAAGACGCGGAUCGAGGCCAAGACCAAGAAGGCCGUCGAGAUCGUCUCCGCCGGCAGCGCCCCCAAGAGGGCGGCCGCAGAGCCUAAGGACGGCGGCGCCGGGGAGAAGAAGGCCGACAAGGACGGCGGCGCUGGCGAGAAGAAGGGGGACAAGGGCGCAAAUCCCAAGGAGGAGAAGGAGAAGAAGCAACCGCCGGAGGAGAAGAAACCCAAAGAGGAGACCGUGCUGCUCAAGAUCCGCCUCCACUGCGACGGCUGCGCCGACCGCAUCAGGCGACGCAUCUACAAAAUCAAAGGGGUGAAGGAUGUGGUGCUCGACGGCAAUGCCAAGGACGAGGUGAAGGUCACGGGCACGAUGGACGUCCCCGCCAUGCUGGCCUACCUCAAGGAGAAGCUCAACCGCGCCGUGGAGGCCGUGGCGCCCGGCAAGAAAGAGGGCAGCGGCGAGGGCAAGGACGACAGGAAGGACAAAGACGGCGAUGGCGACAAGAACAAGAACGCUGCCGCGGGCGGCGACGGCAAGAAGGACAAGGGCAAAGGCAUUGACGCCGCGGGCCCGUCCACGGCCGCCGCCGCUGCGUUCAUCGCUCCGGCGCCGGCCGAGGCGAGCACGUACCACGUGACGCCGCCAUACGGCUACGUCGCGUACCCACAGGGCCCCGUCCCCACCGGCUACUCCUACCCCUACUACGGCAGUGCCGAUGGCAUGGGUCACGCCAACCCCAGCGCCGCCACCGACUACCACCAGGUCCAACACCACCACCCCGACGCCAGCCAGCACCAGCCGUACGCGCCGUACCCAUACCGCUUCGACAUGGCGCCGGCGCCGCAGCUCUUCAGCGACGAGAACCCGAACGCCUGCUCCGUCAUGUGACACCGCUGCCGUUGCAUCAGACCUUCAGUGGCCAUCAGCUUUAACUUAGCCGGGAAAAUUUCUGGACAUGUACAUAUCACCAAUGAGGUGUUAGCCUUAGGACUAGAAGUGUCCGGAACGUGUGUGUCUGAUCAAAAUUUGGUUAAUUUGUUUAGUCUCUUCGUUCUUGGCUCCUGAUCGACGCUUGUCUACUCCAUUCGUUGUUUUUAUUUGACUAUCAACAGAUGAUAUCAGAUUAAGUGGUCGAAAAGUUCUCUUUGAGGGUGCGUGGGGUCAGCGAUGUUGAAUCAUGGACUGGUUUGUCUUCGUCGCCGUUGCUUUAUGGAAGACGUGGUGUUUGAUCUAGAAAUAAAUCGGCAAUUAAAUCCCAUUGGUCUGUGCCGUUCUUGAUGGAACGGGUAUUUCAA